AUGUCCGAGGCCUACAAGGAGGACCGCAAGCAGGAGGUGGCUCAGGAGAAGUACAACGCCAACUUUGAGGAGCUGUCCGGCAAGGAGCGCCAGUCUGUGGGUGGCACUGUUGGUGGCGAGAUGCGUAGGGAGCAGAUGGGGGAGGGUAAGGGUGGAGAUGUUCAUGCCGCUUACGCCGAGAUGGGGUCCAAGGGUGGCCAGGCCACUGGUGGUGACACGCAGUGA